AUGAAAACCCAGCUGAUUGCUUUCUUGCUAGCUUUCACAAUAAGCCAAUCUUCAAGAGUUGACAGUGGAGAUUUAGAAGACGCCACAAGUACAAUUGUCCUAGAAAUGGAGUCUUCAGAAGACCAAGCAAUAAAACUGCUUGAUCAGAUCGCAGGUGACUUGCAUAGAGAAAAUCAUCAAGCUAUAAGUGAUCUCAAUAAGCAGAUUUCAGAGUGCAGCCAACAAGUUCAAUUAUAUGAGUCACAGCUACUAAAUUUAGAUUCCUUUAUUACUAGUCUUCAAUCCAAAAUUUCCUCUCUUCAGUCUAGCCAAGAAAAUAGCUUAGAAAAAGUUGACGAUGAUAUCAAAACUAUUACCGUCCAAAUCGCACUGUUAAAACAAUCACAUAUUGACGAUACUGCUUAUUACCAAAAGCGCAUAGAAAACCAUAAAGCUUCACUUAAAAAUAUUGAAGACAGCUUAGCUUAUAUCACAGACUUAUCUGGGCCAGGCAGUGAAAAAGCGUCAAAUAUUCAAGACUUAGAAAGCUUGAUUAUUAACCUAAACCACCUAAAAAACAGCUUACUUCCCCCCCUCCGUGAGUGAACAAAACCAUUAGAAAAAUCGCUAUUUUUUGCCCAAAAAACCCACCCUCCGUGAGUGAACAAAAAUUUUUAUGGAAAAAUUUUUGAUAUAUUAAUGAUAAUUAGUAUAAUGAAAUCUAGAGCCAAUUCUGUUUAAUUUUAAACGAAUUGCUUUUUAAAACAUAAAAUAUUAUAAAUUUAAAUUAAUAUUUGCUUUCAAAUUUUUGCGAAUUAGGAUUUUUUUAAAUUUCGAAAAAAAAUAUUUUUUAUAAAAUUUUUAUAUAUAAAAAAAAAAAUUAACCCCCCUCCGUGAGUGAACAAAUUUUUUUGUUCACUCACGGAGGGGGGGGGGAGUUAGAAGAAGCAGUAGAAGAAGAAUAUAGAAGCCAAGAAGAGCUUAACAGCCAAGAUUUAGUCAAACAAAUGGAAAAUAGCUUAAAUGAUAUGACUUAUAAUAAGGUAAAUUUAGAAGACCAAAAGAAAGAACUUAACCAAGAGCUCGAAGAGAGUUUGGCAGCUUUAAGAAGGACACAAGAACAAAAGGCAGCUUUAAGUAAAGCUCUUUUAAAUGAAAAAGUACUCUGUGGAGGCUUUAAAGAGCAGCUAUCAUCCUUACUAAAAGAAGCACAAAGUGAAAAAGAUACGAUAGAAAAAGUUUAUUCUGCAGCAAAAGAAGAGGCUUUUGCUAUUUAA